UGUAGUUAGUACCUACUACAGACAGUAUUUAGUAUUGUUAGUCUUACUAUCCUAAGGAUUUUUGUGAUUAAUUGAACAAUAGGCAAUAAUUAUUAUUUACUUGAAAGGUUAAAUUCUUUGUAAUGUGUAUUAUUACUUACUUAUGACCGCUCUACCAUAAAUACAGUCGUUUAUGUCGUGCCAGUGCCAUGGAUUUAUUGGAUAAAGCGAAACUUGAGUGAUAAUUCUGUCUGUAUAUAAACAUUUUUUAACAUGAAGACUUCACGGAAAUCUGCAUAAAUUUUGUAAUAACAUGAGCCACCACAAAUUUUGGAGAGGCAUCGAAGAAUUGAAGGUUUCUUCGUCUCUGGAUGUCCCCGAAAAAAUUGUGAAAAUUUGUUCCCUUGGCGCAGACUUUAUUGCUCUAGGGAAUGACCAUGGCCUCUAUUAUUGUAAUAUUGAAGAAGAUAUUUUAAAUUUUAAAAGAGAGAAUGGUAUAACUGCAAUUGACAUAUCCUAUCACAAUGAUAUCCUGUAUAUUAUUAAUGAACAUGGAAGACUUUAUAAAACAAACACAAAUUUUAAGAAUAAAGAAGAAGUAGUUGUCAAAGAAGAAUCAAAGUGCUGUCCACAUGGUUUUAAAAGUAGUAGUUCUAAAGUAAAGUUUAGAAAUGUUGUGUCAAGUGGCUUUGGCCAACUCUUUAUAAGUAGUGAUGGCCAUCUCUGGGGUUCAGGUGACAUGCCACAAAUUGGCUUAGAAUCAUCUAGUAUUAAGAAAGUUCCAUUUUUUGAGGGGAGAACAGUUUAUAGUGCAUCAAUAGGAGAUAACUUUGCAGCAGUUAUAGCACGUAAAGAUGUAAGGCAAUCAGGUAAUUGUGAUACAGACAGUGAUAAUGAUGAUGAAGAGGUAUUUGCCUCAAAUUGCUCUCAAUGUCAAACUAUUAUUGGCCUAGCGUCUCCUGCCUCUGUGCCGUCUCUCUCUGAAACAUGUCCAUUGGGAGUUCAUAUAAGUAAAUCUAGCGAAGAUUCAAGUAGUACAACUGCUCCUCAAACUGAUGUGCACGUAGAUGCUCAAAGUUUUACAGAAGAUUCUAGUCCUUCCUCUGAGGAAUCAAAAAUUAUCAAAAAAGAUUUCCCUAUCCAUGUUAGUAACAACUUAGAAUUAGAUAGUAUAUCAAAACACAAUGAAAAUGAGGCUACUAAUACAGAUGGUAAUGAAUCUUUGGAUACAAGCACAGAGAAACUAAACAAUAUUUUUAUCAACACAGAUGCAGCAAGACAAUUUCUUAGUAGGCAGCUAUCGUGGGUUUCUGCUGGUGAAGACUACUUAGUAGAAUAUACGGAGAAGCCAACAAGAAUAAUAAAAGAGAAUGUUACAAAUAUUACUAAUUUUGUUUACGAAGGAGUUAAAACAGUUGGUGAUAAAGUUGCAACAUUAUCAAGGCAUGUCAGUGGUAGCAGUGACAAUAAUGAAGCAGUGGAUAUUCAACAUCCUAAUUGCAAUGAUGACAUGAUAAGUUCACUGUUAUACAGUUGUAAUUCUGCAACAAAAUCUGAUGAUUUGCAAUUUUCAACUAGCACAAUUAAUAGUGAAAAGGAAUUUGAAGUGGCAAAAAAAGAUGAAGCUCUUAAAAAUAUGUCUAAACUUGGAAAAAAUAUUUUAGCAACAGAACUUUGGACAUGGGGCGACAUAACUCAUGGACAGUUAGGUAUAGGAGACACAGUUAAAAGAGUGAAGCCAAUGGCUGUAAUGAGUCUAUCUGGUUUUGGUCUACAAAAAGUUUCUUGUGGUAAUUGGCACUGUGCAGCAUUAACAUUAGAUGGAAGAAUAUUUAUGUGGGGCUAUAAUCAUUUUAAGCAAGUCUGUUUAGAGUCAAGAGAUUAUAAGAGUAGUCCCACACAAUUUACUGAAAAUUCAGACAGCGAUCGCAUCAGAGAUAUGAUAGCAACUGAUAAUCAUACUCUAGCUUACACUCAUAAUGAAAACAUUUAUUAUAUGGGAAAACAUACUAAUGGCUAUACAGAUGUUAUUGUGAACUUAAAUGAAAACUUGAUGGAAAAUUCUAAUGAUCAGGAAACUGAAAAAACUGUUAAGAUAAAGGAACCCCAAGUUUUUGGGGAAUCUCAAAACUUAUGCUAUCAUUGGAGAGUGUUAUCUAGUGGAACAAUAAGUUACUGCUCGAUAGAAAAGUUAACAAUAUGCCCUGAAUUCCAAAACCUGUCAAUUGCUCAACGUUAUUUGGAAGAAAUGCUCCUAAUAUAUCACUUACUUAUCAAGCCAUUCCUUAGAAAAAGUAAAGCAAUAACUGCACAUUCCAAUAUAUAUGAAACUGUUUGUGAUAUUUUUAGUGACAUAUUAAAUCUAACAGCAUUAAAUGUUCUAUCAACUUGGCAGUAUGCUGAAAAACAUAUAAAUGAAUGUGAUAUCUCUUUAAUAAAAAAUUUAGAAGAGUAUAUUUAUUUGUACAAAAAGUAUUACAUAGCAGUAAGCAAUUUAAUUGUUAUAGGCGGUUUCGCUCAAAUAAAUAAUAUUGUUGAUGUACCUACAAAUGUUUACAAUAUGUUUAGUGAUCAGUUACCUACAAAUAAACAGAAAAAUAAUAAAAAAACGUCAGAAGCUGUAGUAAGUCUGGCAUUUAUCCAGCCCUUGGUCCGGUUAAGCUCAUAUAAGUGCAUUGCUCAAUCUUUAUUGCGCUGUAUAACUAAGAGAAAGAAAUGUGAAACUAAAACAAACAUUGAAGAGAAAUUAACAAAGGUGAUUACCACAUUAGAUUCCUUAAUAGAAGACCAGGAAAAAAGGAGAAAAGAAGCCGAUAUAACUAAAUUAUUUUGGGAAACAAUAGGGAAAAGUUUGGAACAGUAUAGAACACCGGAACGAAGAUUGAUACGGGAAUCAAAAUCAAAACAGCUUAAUCUUGUGAACCCUGGUCGAUUUUCCUCCCAUUGGUUCAUACUAUUUAAUGAUUUAUUUGUUCAUGUGAAUGGAAGCACACCAAUACUUCAUCCCUUAGAAACACUAUGGAUUGACGCGUCACCGAAUGUAGAUAUUCAAAAUGGGAUACAAAUCACUACACCUGAGGAAAUAAUUUCAGUUUCGACUAAUUCGGAACAUGAGAAAACUGAGUGGAUACAUGUUUUGAAUGCAGCCAUAAAAACAGUAUUGAAGAAAGACACCUCAUUCAAGCCACCGACAAUUAGAAGUGGCAGUUACGUGUUUUCUAGCAAGAGUUUAUUUUACAAAGACGCGAAGUACGUCGGCCGAUGGCUGGAUGGGAAAUUGCAUGGUCAUGGAAGAGUUGAGUGGCCAGAUGGGAAAAUCUACUGUGGUCAAUUUCAAAUAAAUACAUUAUGUGGUCAUGGAAAAAUGGAUAUACCAGGAGUAGGUAUUUAUGAAGGAAGAUGGAAAGAUAACGUUCAAAAUGGCUACGGUAUUAUGAAGUACGCAUGUGGUGAUAUUUAUGAAGGGUACUUUAAAGAUGGACAUCCUCAUGGUCACGGUGUCAAAAAACAGGGAGAUUUCACAUCGUCUUCCGCAACAAUAUAUACAGGCGAAUGGGUUGGGGGAGCAAAACAUGGGUAUGGAGUGAUGGAUGAUAUUGGGAAAGGUGAAAAAUAUUUGGGCAAUUGGAGUGAUAAUAAGAAGCACGGCUGCGGCCUUAUCGUAACCCUCGACGGUAUUUACUAUGAAGGACUAUUUACACAAGACAUUCUCACGGGCCAUGGAGUAAUGGUUUUCGAAGAUGGAACAAAUUAUGAGGGGGAAUUCAGGGCCGCCGGUGUUUUUUCUGGAAAAGGAACCUUAACAUUCUCUAGCGGUGAUAAAAUAGAAGGAUCCCUUAAUGGUGCCUGGACUGAAGGUGUCAAAAUAUCUAAUGGGGUUAUGCAUCUUAAUGUCUCUAACCCGGCCAUGCCUCCGAACUCAAAGCCGAACUCUUUCGGAAAACUUAGCGUUGCGCCAAAUCAAAAAUGGAACGCGAUAUUCCGACAGUGUUUCCAAUGUUUGGGCGUUUCCGAAACGAUCCUAACACCAACCGGAAAUCAUUUUACCAAUGGCCCUUGCCCCACUUUCGAUAACGUGAAGAUAUGGCAAAAUGUCGCCGUGACUAUAUCGUGUUCACAGAAACAUAUCCAGACUCCGAAGAAAAACGGGUCGGAUUUAGAAAAAUCUGUCGAUUGUUUAGAACUCAUACCGCAUUUUGGCCAAAAAACCCUCACCCUUUAUGACUAUACGGAGUUAAAGCUGUAUUUACAAAAUGCCUGCGAAACAACCCACCAUCCUCUCGGUCAGCUAGUAUUAAACGUCACAAAUGCUUUUAACACGACUUACGGUGGUGUCAGGGUACAUCCCCUACUACUGAGCCAUGCGAUCAAAGAACUAAAGUGUAUUACCACGAGAUUGUACCAAGUUGUUAAGCUUUUGUUCCCGGCGUUGCCUGGAGAGGGCACUGAUGUUGUUUUACCGUACGAAGAGCGGGAGGAAGAUGGAAAUCCUAUCGAGGGUGAAGUGGUAUCAGCGGCCUCCCUACUCCAACCCACUCUCUUACCGCGAGUGCACCCGGCACUGUUUGUCUUGUAUGCGCUUCACAAUAAACGGGAAGACGAUUUGUACUGGCGAAGGCUGAUGAAGUGGAAUAAGCAACCCGAUACCACUCUUAUGGCCUUUUUGGGGAUUGAUCAAAAAUUCUGGGCAAAAAGCACCCACCAUUCUCCCACCUACUCGCCGAUGAAGGAGCAGCUGUUCCAAGAUGCUGUAGAGACUCUUCAGCAGCUCAAGACCACGUUCUCUCCUAUUGAGAAGCUGCUCGUCAUCAGAUCCACCUUCCAAAAGAUGACUGUUGCUGUACAACAGGAGUUAGGAGCCCAAUAUCUUUGGAGUAUGGACGAUCUAUUUCCAGUAUUCCACUUUGUGGUGGUGCGCGCGCGCAUCCUUCAAUUGGGUUCAGAGAUUCACUUUGUUGAAGAUUUUCUUGAACCUGCUAUGCAACAUGGUGAAUUGGGACUCAUGUUUACUACGCUAAAGGCAUGCUACUUCCAAAUUCUUCAAGAGAAAAUGUCUAUGAAUUCUUAAAAAUGCUUGUAUGUUUAGUCUAUACGCUAGUUGGAUGUGUUUUCUAGAAUUGAUAUUUUUUGAAAUAUUCAAAUUCCAUGAGUUUUUAAGAAUUACUUGCCAUAAGAAAAUAAUUUACUCAAAACAAAUUAAUUUGACAGUUCGGAUUUCAUCCAGUAUUCAAGAUUUAUUGGAGGAAAAUAAUGUUGCUAUUUUUUAAAAAAGGUUUCAUAGACACAUGUUAUCGUUGGACUAUAAUCGCUUCACUAUAUUAUAUGGAGUUACAAUUUAAUUGAUAAUUAUUGGCGGUUUUAGAAAAAGGUUUUAUAACUUUAUCUAUGAAAUUUUUUAUAAUAAUGUUUUAAUGUGAUGAUUAUAUAAUAAAUAUGAAUUCGUUGUAGAAAUAUUGAAAAGUAAAGAUGAAAUUUGAUGAAUGAAAAGAGAUCCUUUAAUAAAACAGCUCAGAUAAAACCAUUGUACACAAAAAUUAUUAUUUUUAUUAUAUUACACGUGAUCACCGUUUUUCUCUACUUUUACCGAUUCUUUUGCGACCUCCUUUCACUUUCAGAACUUGCAGAGUAUUUUUGUUUGGUACAGUCUUAUAACCACCUUUUUGCGUGUUCAGUUGGUAGAUACUUUCAUAUUGUGGUUUCGCAGCAAGAUUUCUUAUUUUGACUUGGCUGAAAUUUUGUAAUUACCAAACUUUCAUAAUAUUUUAAGUUGGUUCAACUUAUACUGAAUAAUGUACGACGAUUAAAAAUAACAACACUUUAGAAGCUGUUGUAAAAUCCAAUAAUAAAUAGUCGAAACCAAAGAUUUGAACAAAUUAGACAAUUGGUACCGCUGUAGAACAAUUGGUUAGUCUAUAAAUCUAUUUUAGGUUUUACAUGUUCUAUAACGUAAACGAAUAACAGUACUACAAAUUUAUGUUUUAAAACGGGUCUAAAUCCAUCCUUUUUUAAACGCCUUGUAACUCUAAUGUAUCUUCCAAUUAUGAUAGCUAUUCUGACUUCAUUGAGUAUUUGUACCACGUGACCACAAAGUUGCGUCGUAAGUGCUACGGUUUUUGGAUGACCUUCAAUGAAAUUCAGUAUAAAGUAUUGAGUUUCAGAGUCCCGACGCAGUAUCAAAUGACGUUAGAUUCUUCUUCAACUAUUAUAUAUUACAGAAUGCUUCAUGCAACUGUCCCUUUUUUAAGUCAAAUUUAAAAGUAAAUAGUAUUGUUAUUCGAAGCGUUUACAGAGUUUUUAACAAGAAAAAAAAAUGUUAUUAUAGUUUUCAUUUAGCGUAUAUAUUUGUUUAUUUUGAUUCCACUUUUCAGUAUUAAAUGAAAAAAUACGAACUAUUGUCUAGAUUAUAAUUGUAUGGUUAAGAUUUUUCGUUACGUAUGUAAACUACUAAUAUUUAAUAUUUAUAUAAUGUUAAAUUAUUUAUACUGAUCUGUUUUAAAAUAUUUCAAUUGAAUAAUUUUUCUUGCCAUCAAAAAAAAUGUUCGACUACUUUAUUUUGUUACGUUUGAUUUACUAUGGUUUUAUUUUUAUAUGACUAUUAGCUUUAACUAUUCCAAAGUUAAAAGUACAAGUUGUUAUUGUUAAAAAAAUAUUUGGAUUAAAGUCAUAUUGUCUAGAGUAAGUUUCAGUUUUAUUCUUAGUAUUAAAAAUAAUAUACUGUGUCCCCCAAACAUAUUCCAAGUUACGUGUUUAGAAUACUAUGUAACAUUACAAAGAAUUGCCUCAUUAAAAAAUGCUGCGUAUUCUAUGCGUCUUGAAUUCGAUUCCUGGGGUAAUAACUUUGAAUUAGAUCUCUAUUAGCCCCCGGGACACAGCGGGGGUUAAAACUUUGUGUAUAGAAUAACAUAUCAUUUAAUAUUUAUUCCAUUGAAUCGUCAUUGUGCAUUGAAAUUCGUUAGCCAUAAAGAGUUGGAAAUUAAAGUUCUUGCAAUGUA